CGCUCUCCUCGGCGGACACAUGGCGGCUUCCGCCGCACGCUGCCUUUGCGCGCGAGCGCGAACGAGCACCACGACAUCCGCUACCGCUGCGAUGUCGCUUGAGGACCACGGCCAGCUUCAGCGCGCAGCGUCGCUCGCCCUCGUUACGUUUGCUUCUCUGAUUGGCACCAUCCCCGCCGUGGUUUACGCGAGCUCUGUGUACCUCGACUCAACCGUGCGCUACGGCGCUGACGGCACUGAACGCAAGUUCACGCCGGAGCGGGAUGUCGGCGACAGGCCCUUCAGCAUAGCAGAGCCCUUUGCGACCGUGACCAACCUGUGCAUGAUCACUUCGGGGAUCGGGUUCUUCUUCAUGCAGGCCCUCUCCGAGCGGUACUUGAGCCCACAGCUCUUUGGGAUGGCCAUCUUCUUCGUCUUCCUCGGCGCCGCGUCCUGGGCGUUCCACGCCGACGCCUCAGAAGGCAAAACUUGGCAACACAACACAGACCGGUUCGCGAUGUUCUGCACCUUCACCUAUAUGAGCUGCAUGGCCCUGAACGGCACCAUCCACGCUGCGCUCGGACGCCCCGACCGGCCGCGAGACUGGGCCACCAUGCUGACGACAGCCUUUGGCCUCUUUGGAGCAGCUAUCAUGCUGACGCACCAAAGCCGCCUCAUCUCGUACGAGGUGCUUCUGGCCGGCGGCGCGGUGGUGCUUCUGGCCGCCGGCGCGGUGGUCUGCACGUUAAACUUCGGCACCCAGUUUCUGCUGGCCCAGCGGUACGAACGACGGCGCGUCAAGGCGGCCGUGCGCGCUCUGUGGGCGGUGGGCUGGCCGCUGGUUGUGAUCGGGGUGGCCUACGCGCUCAACCAGCGUGCGGCGGACAAGAAGGGUCUCGCGGGAAGUUCUGUCUGGGUCGCCGACUGCAGCAGCGUCCUCUCGCGCGAGGCGACCCCGCACGGCGUGCCGUGCGAGCAGCUUGCCCAGCCGGCGUUCAAUUGCGAGGGGCACUAUUGGGUCAACGACACGCGGCCGGACUGGGUCUGGCUCUGCCUGGCUCCGGACGCGUUCGGUGGCUCGGGCCGGGAGGCCUGGUCGCGCAGCCGGGCCAACCGCGUAGAGCUACGCAAGCUCUACGACCUGAAGCACGGCACGUGGCACUACCUGACGGCGGUCGGUUGCAGCAUGAUGGUGCUCACCGCCCUCGAGGGCCUCUCGGGGAGGGCGUCGCCGCCGCCCCUCCGCGAGGAGUGGAGUCUCACCGCCCUCAACCUCGCGCUCGCACUCGUCUUUGCGCUGAUGAGCUCCCUCGAGGCUGAGUCUGACCGGUGGCUCCUCGCGUGGGCCCUCCUCUCCUUUGUUGCCACCGCCGCUGCCGCCGCCAUCCUGCUCCGCCUCGUGGCCGCGCUCCGCGAGCAGCAGCGCCGGCGGGCUGCCUGGUGCGCCGCGUCUGCCAUGGUGGGAUCCCGGCCGCCGACGCCCCUCUCGACACGGCGGGCCACAGGAGCAGCGCCGCCCGAACCACCGGCCGCCGGUGCCGCCGCGGCAACGCAGAGCCCCGCGUGCGCCUCGGCGCCGGCGACGUGGCACAGGCGCUCCCGCUCCGAAACGACCGCCUUCAAGAAGCCGCCGAGGCUUGACGGGUCGGAGCUGCUAUUUGCCCACCCGCCCUCGUGA